UCAGGCCCCGCAGCACCGGGGAGGUGGUUCCCACUUUAAAGAAGUGAAGUUUUUCGCCCCCUCCCCCGCCCCGCCCGCCUCCUGCAGCCUCCCGCGCCGCGCGGAGCCGGCGAAUGGAGCUACGCCGUGGCGGCGUAGGGAGCCAGGCUGGGGCGCGCAGGAUGGAUGGGGACAGCCGAGAUGGCGGCGGCGGUUGCAAGGACGCCGGGUCGGAGGACUAUGAGAACCUGCCGACCAGCGCCUCCUUAUCCACCCACAUGACAGCCGGAGCGAUGGCCGGGAUCCUGGAGCACUCGGUCAUGUACCCGGUAGACUCAGUGAAGACACGAAUGCAGAGUCUGAAUCCAGAUCCCAAAGCCCAUUACACAAGUGUCUACGGAGCCCUCAAGAAAAUCAUACGGACUGAAGGCUUCUGGAGACCCUUGCGAGGCCUCAACGUGAUGAUGAUGGGCGCGGGGCCAGCCCACGCCAUGUAUUUUGCCUGCUACGAAAACAUGAAAAGGACUUUAAAUGCCGUUUUCCACCACCAGGGGAACAGCCACCUAGCCAACGGGAUAGCUGGGAGCAUGGCCACCCUGCUUCACGACGCAGUCAUGAAUCCAGCAGAAGUCGUGAAGCAACGCAUGCAGAUGUACAACUCUCCGCACCGGUCGGCCCUCAGCUGCAUCCGGACAGUGUGGGGGACGGAGGGCUUGGGGGCCUUCUAUCGGAGUUACACCACGCAGCUGACCAUGAACAUUCCCUUCCAGUCCAUCCACUUCAUCACCUACGAGUUCCUGCAGGAGCAGAUCAACCCCUACCGGGGCUACAACCCGCAGUCCCACAUCAUCUCAGGCGGGCUGGCCGGGGCCCUGGCCGCCGCCGCCACCACCCCCCUGGACGUCUGUAAGACCCUCCUCAACACUCAGGAGAACAUGGCCCUCAACCUGGCCAACAUCAGCGGCCGGCUGUCGGGCAUGGCCAAUGCCUUCCGGACGGUGUACCAGCUCAAUGGCCUGCCCGGGUACUUCAAAGGUGUGCAGGCCCGGGUCAUCUACCAGAUGCCAUCCACCGCCAUCUCCUGGUCUGUCUAUGAGUUCUUCAAGUACUUCCUCACCAAACACAAGCUGGAGAGUCGAACUCCCUACUAAAGGAACGGGCUGUGGGAAGCGACGCCAGCAUCUUUGAUUGUGCAAAGGCUUUCUCCCUGCCUGCACCCAUUCCCCUGCCCUCACACCAAGAUUACUGGGGUACAGGGUUGGCAGGAGGGGCCUUCUGCGCGCCCUGACCCCUUCUUAGAAGGAGGAGGGGACAGGACAGCUGCUUACCCGAUGGCCAUCCGCCGGGACAUACCAGGUGAUAGCAGAUGAGGGGAAAACUGGCAGGGGAGCGAGAAAUUGCUAUUUCUCUUCCUCCCCCACCCUGAGAGCGAUGUAGCUUUUCCUUCAGUGUAGCAUCUCCUCCCCUAGAAUCGUCCAUAGAUCACACAGGAGGGAAGAACGUGUGCAGUGACUGAAAACAUUAAAGAGGAAACAAAAAGUUAUGUAUAUAAAAGUUCCAGUACACAGUAUAAAAUAGAUGGAUAAUGUUUAUCCUUUAUUUUUCUAUGUAGAAGUUUUUGAAUUUGAGUGUGUGCCUGUGUAUGUGUACAAGCAAGUGUUACAGCUGGGAAUAUAAAGCUGUUUAAAAAAAAAAUAGUAAGAGGGCUGAAUUUUUCCAUUCUGUUAAGUCACAGGACACCAAAGUAGUACAUUGCUCUGUGUGGCCUAAAAUUGUGUUGAGCUCCCCAUGGAAGUUCCACUUGAAUGUAAAAUAAUAAGUAUAAGGUUUAUAUUUUGAAUUUCUCUUUUCAUAGGGGAAAAAGGUACGUUGAAAAAAAUAAUAAUACUUUUAGCUACUUUUUUUUUUUAAUCCUUAUUCAAUCAGUCACCGUCAUGUGCCUUUUCCCUUUGUGUUUUGCUGGAAAUUCCAGGACCAAAGAUUUGACCCUGGGGCUUUUCCUCUAGCUGUGAGCUCAUCCCCUGCCACACACACACAUACUGGGUGGCAAGCACGGCUCAUGCUGGAGCACAGUGGCCCCCGGUGGAAUUAGGGUGGCUGGUCUUACUGAAACCAUUUUCUUCCCUUGUGGGUGACAUGAAUGUAUGCCUUUCAGGGCUAGCACUUAGAAGCCCUUGAAAUGCCAUUGCUUGGCUACUUGUUGGGCAGGCAAAUGGGAUCGAUCCUACCUUGAUCCUUGUACUUCAUUCUCCAUCCACCUUUUAACCCAGGCACUUCAGGUAUUCUUGUCUGUGUGUGUGUGUUGGACUCAGUCCUGAUCUGUGUUUCCCUAUGCAGUUUUAGGGAUUUUAAGAAACAGGCAGUGUAUCUACAACAUUUCUCUGUUUCCCCUGCCCAUCAUGAAUGUCUCCCUUAAAAAGCCUCUCACUGCCCAGGUUCCCCUAGCAGCUGCUGAAAGGACCUGGGCCCUCGUGCACAGUCAGGAUGCCUCUUGAACCAUCUUCAACCCGGUGUGGUACACGCCACCUGGGGACAUGCCGCCUUGUUUUCUGAAAUGGCACAUCUGAGCCAGAUUAUCCCUGAGAGCAAAUGCAAGCAUGUUUCCUUCAGCUACGCCUUCCCAGGCGUCUCUCCAAGACCCAGCGGCUUUGCAGUUUUCUUUUAAAACGAGUAGGAAGCAAAUGUGUGUUUUCAUUCUGACCCAGCCUGGUCCUGACCUUGACCUUUGGCCCUUCACCUUGGGCAGGGUCCAUGUUGUGCAUUGUCACCGGGCUCAGACCCGGGCUCCUUGGGGUGCUCUCAUUCUCAGGAAGAACUCCGGUGGUCCUGGGACAUCAGCAUCUUGAGACCUUGCACACUGUGCCUCCCAGGAUAGUUUGCAGGUUACGGACAGCAGAGACCCACGUCAGACAGCUCCCACACCUGCCUGAUGAACAGGGUCUUCUCCUGGGCUGGGAAGUUUGACUGCUGACCUGUCCCCUCUCAGAGGUAGCCCCCACCCCCAUCUCCCCAGUGGAAGUCUGUGCAACAAGCUUCCAUCCCACUCAGGGAUGCAAAAUGCCCACGGAGAUCAAGCUGCUGGGGGAAGUGUUUAUGUCUCUCUAAACAUACCCCUAAACAUACUCUCUGUUAGUGUUAACGUUAGGCAAAUGGAAGAAAGACCAGGUUGAAUUCUGAAAUAAUUAUUCAGUCUCCCCUCCUUGUCCACUUCAUACACCACCAUGCUGCAGAAUAUUCCUUAUUUCUUAAGGAUGAGUGUGCCUGUUGAAUACAAAUGUACUGCUGCUGCUUAACCUGUGAGAUGCAUGGUGUAUGUUACCGUGGUGGGCCAGUGUCGUUUCUUAAAUGCCUAUCAUAAAUAGCAUGGCUUCUGCCUCUCAAGUCAUCACCAACUCUCAGAAGAAGGGGAAGAAAUGUGUGUUUCUGUGUGGGGAUGUUUCUGAUGUGCUGCUACAGUUGUGACACUGGAGCUAUGGAAAAUAAAGCCUUGAUC